CUGAGUAGUGAGUACUCGCUGCUCUGACCUCUCAGACAGUAGCAAAGACCCGCCCCCUAGUCCCCAACUUUACUCAUCCACCCCGCCACUCUCCCUCUCGAAUCAACUCUCAGGUAGGGUUGCAGCUCUGAUAUAUUCAAUCAUAAGAUAAGGAUGCAGGCAACUGCUGGAGUUGCAAUGAUGGGUUCUCUGCAGCAACCCGUUUGGACCAAGGGGCUGUCUUUCCCUUCAAAUAAAGGGUAUGGCGGUAAUGGAUUUAUCCCUCAACUAACGUUCCACAAUGCAAGACCAUGCAAAGCAUCUCCUGUUGAAGGUAGUUUAGUCACAGGGGCUCCAUCAUCUUUGUCUGUCUCAGUGCCUGAAAUCGGAGGGGAUGGAAGCAAGUUCUUGGACUACGGCUUGAGUGAAGCUGAUCCCGAGGUUCGUGAAAUUAUUGACAAGGAAAAGGACCGACAAUUUAAAAGUCUAGAGCUUAUUGCCUCUGAGAAUUUUACUUCUAGAGCAGUGAUGGAAGCAGUUGGUUCAUGCCUUACAAACAAGUACUCUGAAGGGCUACCGGGUAAAAGGUACUAUGGUGGUAAUGAGUUUAUUGACGAGCUUGAGAUCCUAUGCCAAGAAAGGGCACUAGCUGCAUUCCAUGUAGAUGGAGAGAAGUGGGGUGUAAAUGUUCAACCAUUAUCUGGUUCCCCAGCUAAUUUUGCAGUAUAUACUGCAAUUCUCAAACCGCAUGAUCGAAUAAUGGGUUUGGACUUGCCUCAUGGGGGACAUUUGUCGCAUGGAUUCAUGACACCUAAAAGACGUGUAUCAGGAACAUCAAUUUAUUUUGAAUCUAUGCCUUAUCGACUUGAUGAGUCAACAGGUCUUAUUGAUUAUGAUAUGUUGGAGAAAACUGCUAUUCUCUUCCGGCCCAAACUCAUUAUUGCUGGUGCUAGUGCUUAUCCUCGAGACAUUGACUACCAUCACUUCAGAAAAAUUGCAGAUGAAGUAGGCGCUUUUCUUAUGAUGGAUAUGGCUCAUAUAAGUGGGCUUGUUGCUGCAUCUGUGCUUGCUAAUCCCUUUGAGUUUUGUGAUAUUGUGACCACCACAACCCAUAAGUCCUUGAGAGGUCCAAGAGGUGGAAUGAUAUUCUUCAAGAAAGAUCCUGUGCAUGGUGUCGAUCUAGAGUCUGCCAUUAACAAUGCCGUUUUUCCUGGCCUUCAGGGUGGUCCUCAUAACCACACUAUUGGAGGACUAGCAGUUUGCUUGAAGCAUGCCCAAUCUCAGGAAUUUAAAAUUUACCAGAACCAGGUGGUGUCUAACUGUAGAGCUCUGGCUAACCGGUUAAUCGAGCAUGGGUAUAAACUGGUCUCUGGUGGUAGUGAUAACCACCUGGUUCUUGUCGAUCUGCGGCCAGCUGGUAUUGAUGGCGCCCGAGUAGAGAAGAUUCUGGACAUGGCUUCCAUAACCCUCAACAAGAAUUCAGUGCCAGGUGACAAGAGCGCCCUAGUUCCGGGAGGCAUUCGCAUUGGAUCGCCUGCAAUGACGACAAGAGGACUUGGGGAGAAAGAAUUCACAUUAAUAGCAGACUUGAUUCAUGAGGGUGUGCAGAUAAGUCUCGAAGCCAAGAGUCUGGUCUCAGGGACAAAACUACAAGACUUUUUGAAGUUCGUAACAUCUCCAGGGUUUCCUUUAGGAGACAAAGUCUCAAAGUUGCGUAGUAAAGUUGAAGAGCUUACUACUAAGUAUCCAAUCCCUGGUGUCUAAAUAGCUAUACCUCUUCUUGGUUUCACUGUACAGAAUGACUCCCGUGACUGUGAGUGCAUAGCCCAUCAUUCCUAUAACUGAAAUUGGAUUCUUGAAUAUCAGAAUUGAGACAACCACUGCAACUGCCCCCUUUGCAUUUCCUAGAACCUGU